AUCAACACAGGAGAAAGGCUAACUGAAUUGUCUCUUCCUCGUCUUCUUCUCCUCUCCUUCUUCUUCUUCUUCAUCCUCCCAGAACUUUCUUGUCAUUCUUCUUCCCUAUUCCGAGCCGUGUUGUGGUUGUGUGCACCUCCUGCCGCUAUCAUGGAAAACGACGCCGGAGAAUUUGUUGACUUGUACUGCCCGAGGAAGUGCUCUGCGAGCAACAGGAUCAUCCACGCGAAAGAUCAUGCUUCCAUUCAGAUCGAAAUCGUUGAUGUCGACCCUGUGACUGGCCUUAUGUUGGACACCUGCAAGACUUACGCUCUCUGCGGUGAAAUCCGAAGGAUGGGUGAGUCUGAUGACUGCAUCACCAGGCUGGCUAAGAAGGACAAUGUCAUUGCAAAGAACUACUAGGCAUGCCAACUUUCAAAAUAUUCUAUAAAAAAUAAAAAAAAUAAAAAACUAA